AUGGGCGCGUAUUCUCUGUUGGAAAAAAUACGGCCAGGCCCCCCGUCCCUGCGCAUUCUGGUCAGGGUGGUCCCGGCCGCCCUCAUCGUCAUCGUUCUCUUCUUCCUCUUCGCCUCCCAGAAACCCCGCGAAAUCAUCGCGAUAUCGGGUCGUCCACCUCCUGUGGUGCCACCUCCGCCUCGACCCUCGGACGCCUUGAACGCCUCGAACGCUACGAACACCCAGAACACCCAGAAUACCCAGAAACCCCAGAAUACCCAGAAUACCAAGCCCACCUGGCAAUGGUCCCCGGAGCACGAUGCCGACAACUUUGGUCUGUCUGAAGAACAGUGUCUCAUCGCCUUCCCCAAGCAAUAUGCCGACUUGGACAAGUCGGUCUCAUUAUGGGCCGAGAGACGGAUCAAACCUGAGGAUCUUGAUGCCCGCCCGGUGCAUACCAGUCUGAUCCGGGCGAUGAUUUACGAAGGACAGUUAUUUAUCAUUGAAUAUGGCCCGCAAACCCAAACGCAAUCGCGAGGACCGGCGACUCUCUUCGCACUCCACCGCGCCCUCACUGCAUUCCCCGACCGCCAUCUCCUCCCCAACAUCGAGUUCGUCCUCACGACCGAGGACUACGACAAGGACGAAGAUCCGACCGCGCCCAUCUGGGCAUACACCAAACAAGACGAAGAUGACCUGGUGUGGAUGAUGCCCGACUUUGGCUACUUCUCAUGGCCCGAAUCCAAGGUGGGCGCAUACCACGAAAUGCGUAAACGGAUUAUGGCCGUCGACGAGGGUGGCCUCGGGCCCGACGGCAACCUCACGGCGCCGCUGCCGUUCCACAACAAAACGCCGCAGAUCGUCUGGCGCGGCGUGACCUGGACGAACGAGGAGAUCCGGGGCCAGUUGAUGGAGGUCACCAAGGAUCAGAGCUGGGCCGACGUCCAGGUGAUCGACUGGGGCGACCGGGACAACCCCAACAGCAACCUGAUCCCCAUCGAGGAUCACUGCCGAUACAUGUUUGCCGCGCAGACCGAGGGCAAGAGCUACUCGGGCCGCGCCAAGUACCUGCUGAACUGCCGCUCCGUCACCGUCUCGCACCCCACGCUCUGGCGCGAGCCGCACCAGUCCGCCCUGGUGGCGGAGGGGCCCGACGCCAAUUAUGUCGAGGUCUACAGCGACUGGAGUGACUUGCCCCAGAAGAUUCAGUACUUCAUCGACCAUCCGGCCGAGGCCGAACGCAUCGCCAAUAACUCCAUUGCCACUUUCCGUGAUCGCUACUUGACCAACGCCGCCGAGGCCUGCUACUGGCGUCAAUUGAUCCGCAAGUGGGGGUCCGUCAUGGAUUUCCAGCCCGCUGCAUUUAUUGUCACGUCCGAGGGCAAAUUGGCGCGGCGCGGGGAUUCAUAUGAGGACUGGGCGCUGAAGGGGCCCCGGAGUGAAUAA